UGUUAAUCGAACAUAUGUUGUGGCUACGUUUAUGGUGAAUGAUACAUUUUCAAGGCGUAAAUUGUUUGCUUGUUUAACAAAUAAUUAGGUUUACAAUGCUAAAACCCAAAGCUUUAACCCAAGUCUUAAGUCAAGCCAAUACUGGUGGCGUUGAAAAUACCUUAUUGCUUAGUCAGGAGGGCGCUCUGCUGGCCUAUUCCGGCUAUGGGGAUAAGGAUGCAAGGAUUACGGCAGCCAUUGCGAGCAAUAUUUGGGCUGCCUACGAAAAACAUGGACGUAAUGCAUUCCGCGAAGAUCGCUUAACAUUUGUAUUGAUUGACUGCGAGUGUGGGCAUGUUGCCAUCACACAGGUGGCCAGUGUGCUGUUGUGCCUCUAUGCCAAGGAGCAUGUCGGGCUGGGCAUGCUAAAACAAAAGACAUUGUCAUUGGCGGCAUAUUUGGAAAGGCCGCUGAAGCAAAUCUCUGCGUCCUAACGAGCCAUAGACGUA